AUAACUUCUUUAGGUCUAUAUCUUUCUUAUUAUAUUUAUAACUAAGUAUAGUUUAAUCAAGUUUCUACCAUUUCCAUUUCUGAUUAGUUUCUAAUAUAGAGAAAAGCCAUUGGCCUUUAUAUAUUUAUGUUAUGUAACCAUCUUAUCAAAUUUCUUAUUAACUCAAACCAUGUUAGUACAAUGUCAGGUUUCUUAGGUAUGCAACCCUGUAAUCUUCAAAUAAAGAUUUUUUAUUUCUUAAUUUUCAAUAUUUAAGACACAUAUUUAGUUUCUUAUUAUAUUAGUUAGGUUCUCUGUAGAGUGUUGAAUUACAAUAAUGUUACUAACCAAGAUCACUUUUUAGUUUCUGGUUUCAUAAGAAUGACUUCAGUUUUUCACCAUUCAAUCUGAUGUUUUGGCAAACAAUUAUUUUUGUGUUUAAGUUUUUUUUUUUCUAUUUAUGUUUUACUAAGAGUUUUGCUGCUGAAUUCCAGCAAAUGCUUGCUCAUUAUUUACUUAUAUAAUUAUACCAUUUUAAUCAUUUAAUCUGACAUAAAAAUAUGCUACAGUUGUUAAUGAUGAUCCAUCCUUGCAUCUCUGAAAUUAACCUUAUUUGGUCACAGCUUAUUUUUCUUUGAGUACACUGUUGGACACAACUUUCUAAGAUAAUAUUUUAAUUAAAAUAUUUGCAUUUGAAUUCAUUAAUGAUUUUGGUUUAUAAUUUCCAUUUUGCUCUAGUUUAGGUUUUUCUGUGUGGACUAUGCUGACUGCUUAAAAAUAAAUUGUCUACAGUCUGUAAUUAUUAGACUAACAGAAUUUAUGUGUUCCUGAUUGUUAGGUAGAACUUCAAGUGUACAACUGUGUGGGCAUGGUGACUUUUUAAAAAGUAGACAUCCAGUUUAAUUUGGUCAGUUCCAUUGCCUUUUUCACCUCUGCUCAAAUUUGAUAACUUCUAUAUUCUAGGAAAUCACCCAUUGUCUUAUAAUUUCCAAAUGUAUUUCCAUAUAAUGUGGCAUAUAGUUAUUUUUUCUUUUAAUCACAUUUGCCAAAGGUUUUUGCCUAUUUUAUUCAUUAUUUUAAAUAUCUAGUUCUUGUUUUGACUUAUCCUUCUUUCAUCUAUUAUUUAAAAAUAUAUAUUUUUUUCUUUUUCUUACAUUGGCUCCUUAGGAUGGCCUGGACUGUAGUGAGGUGAGUGAGGCAGUCUCCUUGGGCACAAAAUUUAGGAAUGCCAAAAUUUAGUAGUCAAGAUGAACUUUAGUUGAAGGCAUUUUUUAAAAAUUGAAAGUUAAUACAAAAAGCCCAUAAUGGAUCAAAAUUUUACAUAAAGACAGCAUCAGAGCUACUGAGUUUUCCUUUUGCUUUAGGCUCUGACAUCACUCAACACAGUGCUGCUUCUUAGUACAUUUAUUUUCAUGCUUGAAGAGAGCCUUUCAGAGUGUGGAAAUUGCAGACUAGUCUAUGUUCUCUAGGACUGUGAAACCCCUCUUUAGUCAUGUUUGAUGAAUUGUGUUGUCCUUCUUUUAAUGAACAUUUAUUAAGAAUCUUUUGAGAAUACUACCAGUGAUGUGUAGAAAGAUGCCCCGAAAGCUUAAUUCUAGAAGAAAGACGUAUAUACAAUGUAGAAAUUUUAGGUGAGUUAGAGAAAAAAUUCAGAGACAAGAUUAUCUGGCAAAUAAUAUUAAGCUUACAAUUUUAUUGCUUCUGGAAUAAUUGCUAAAAUCCACCAGGUGGUGGAGUAAAAUGAGUUACAGUGAAGUUUAGCUUACAUAUUUUUCUAGUCAGAGAUGUAAUUUUACAGAGAAAACCAAAUUAUAUAUCCACAUUUUUAUUAGGCUAUUCAUGAAUUUUCUAUUGUAUCUUUAAUUUUUAUAAGUCAGAAUAUAUGUGUUGAAAGAUUAAAGAUUUUUUUACCACCUUAUAUUCUUUCAAGUGCAAGGCAGCAUAUAAACAAACAAAAAAAGAGUUAUAGUUUAAAAUAGGUUCAGGAAUUCAAUUUAAAACAAAAGAAAACAACAACAAAACCAGAGGCAAGCCCUCCUAGAAGAUGAUUAUUGUAAGCUGUCGAGUUUUAGCAAAAAGAGAGACACUAAUAUUGAGCAUCUUAGCUAGAGUUAUUAUUGUAAAAAAGGUUUAAGAUUGUUGUAGUCUCUUUCAGACAGCUCUUGUGUGACCUAUUUUCUUCUAAUGUCUGUGUGAACAUUUUCACAUCUAAUAAAAUUUAUUGAAGGUACAAUGUACUUUUCAUGCAUAUUUUUAUUUGUUAAUAAUGACAGCAAUCUUUGUUAAAAUAUCAUAAUGAUAUUUAACAUGAACUCAAACCUAGGUUCAAAUGACUUGCUGUAAGUCACAAAAUUAGUCAGUAGUCAAAGCCUCAUGAGCCCUCCAAGUCCAAGUCCUACUGUUCAUCAUGCUCCUUCACCUAUAAUGGCAUCAGAUGAUAGAGAUGAAUUCAGGCAGUUGAUUAACAACCUAUGUUGAUAUGACUAGGAUCUGCAGAAUUCUAAAAAGAAGUAAAAGAUUGAAUGACUGUCCCUGAUAAAUUUACAGUCUAAUGGAGUUGACAGUACAAGAAUAAUUAUACUUUACUGCCAAUAAUAAAAAACAUAACCAACAAACAUUUAACAAAUAUAUAGUCAUAUGUUACAGACUAAAAUGCUGUCCUAUCCAAUAACUGAGUGCAUAUAACUCAAUUUACAAGUAUCUGAGGGCCUACUAGCUGCAAGAUAUUAUAUUAGGUACUAAAAGUAUUUUUUUCUUAUUGAGUAUAUAAUCUAAUAGAAUGACCUAGUUUAAAUUGCUAACCCUGGGUUACAAAAAGAUAGGUAAUAAAGUACAUUAUUGUAUGUCUGAAUUAGAUUUUUAAAAAUAAAAAUACAAUAAUUUAAUAUUAAAUUACAAACAUUAAGAUGAUUACCAUUCCCAAUAAGUGUUAGCUUUGGGAUUUUUCUACUCUUGAAAAGAAAUAAGGAAAAUGUGGGAUGUUAGCUUGUUAACUAUAGCAAAGCAUUUUGUUGCUGUUCUUAUUUAUUGGAACCCAUUCACACGGAAGGAUAAUUAACCAUUUGUUGCGUUGAAAACAUUUGCUCCCUCCCCCACCCCUCCAAAUCUCACAAUUCUUGAUUUUUGUGGAGCUGCUGCUUCCUAUUUCUACUUCUCCAUCACCUCUUCCAUCCCCCAUUCACAGCUCUUCUCCUCAUGCUCUGGCUCUAGGCAGUUUGAUCCAUCCUCACACUUGGAGUGACUCCUAAAGCAACAUUUUAAAACUUGACCUUUCUGAGUCUACCAUUUCUAAUUACCUUCUAAGCAUUUCUUCCUUGAUAUGCAUAUUCCACUUUAAACUCAACCAUUGAAAUCAAACUCAUCACGUCGCCUUCUUAAAACCAGCAUCAUCUUCUGAUGCUUCCAUUUUUAUUGGUGUAAUGAGAGUGCCACGUAUGGUUCUUACAGACUGUACUCUGAACAACAGGACAUGGCUGAGGGUUGAACAGGAGGUGAAACUACUGUAUUCACAAGUAGUGCACUUAGACGCAGGGCUGUAUCAGCCUUAAACCUUUUAACACAUCCUCUACUCACAGAGGUUGCCUGGUCAUACAAAGGUGGCAUAGGUGCUAUUGGAGGCCCUAAGAAUCAUCGCCUUUCUCUUUCAGUCAUCUAUUUCAAAAACUCAUACCCUCUAUUCAUUCUGGCCUCUUGUAGUCCCCCAUAUAUAAUAUGUUGCAUUCACCCCUUUCUUUUCAUGCACACUGCUAGGAACCCAGUGCAGUCUGAUGCCUCAUUCCUGAAAAGUUCAAAAACAUUUUCAUUGAACUCUCCUCUAAGUCCUUUCUCUGCUCCUGUCUGUCCUUCACCCUCCUACAAAUUGCCUUUCCUUAAAGCACAAUUUUAUCUUGUCACUUGACUGCUAAAAAAUUUCAUGGGUUCCUUAUUCCCUAUAUUAUUAAAAAUAAACUCUUCAGCCUAUCACUCUUUGACCAGCCAAGGUCUAAAAUAUUUGUGAUCUCUUGUGCAGUAUCUUGCAUGUUGUAAUCAGCAAAUAUUUAUUUAAUUAUUAAAUUUGAGGUCUCCCACAAUAUGUUUCCAAUGCCCACUUCCCACUUAGAUCCAACUAGUCCCUGACUUGUAUCCAUGACACCAUUGUGUGAAUUAGUUGAUAUUUAUAGAACCAGUCCCCAAGUAUCCUGUUGCCGAUUCAUCCACCUGGGGAAUCAUUCUUGCCCAAUCUCACCAACGUCCAUUUCUGGACCUCCUCUCUAUAGGCUUUCCUUGGUCUGUCUCUGUUCUUGUUCCUUUAUUAUGGCUCACUUUUCAUUUUAUUUUCUUGUCUUAAAGUCACCCUUGGUUUGUUCCUUCCACUAGACGUUAAGAUAGUGAGGCUAACAAGUUGUUUCGUUUUGUUUUGUUUUACUUUUCUUUGCCUCCUCUUGAAGCCCAAGCACAAUGAGGAAUAUGUAGAUAUUUUUUAAAGUUUGUAAAUUGACUCAUUCUUGUUUUAUCGAUUCCUGGAUGCCUAAGAAGAUACAUAUUCCAGACCAUUGUCCUCCAUAAAAAAUCCAGAAUACUCAAACUAAGAUAGGACUCAUGCUCCUUUCCUUUCUGAGUUUUCCAGAUUCUCUGUCUGUAUCUGUUCUCUCUGUGUCUCUCUGUUUAUAUGUUCUCUCUAUGUCUCUCUGUCUAAACUCUGUUCUUCCUCUUGGUUUGUGUUUGAUUUCCAUCCUGUGGGAAGCCAACGACCCACUUGAAUGGUCCACUUCUGGGUUCCUUGGACCUGGGCUGCCUGAAUCAUCUUGGUGAUUAUGAGGGGACCCUCAGAGGAACAGUUGUACCCCCAAAUUAAGUCUGCACAGCACCGCUUAUUUGACCUUUGAGGAUCAGUAAGUUCCUCCUCUGGGAAACAGUUGGUUUAAUGCCGAUGCAAUUUUUGCCUCUGUGCUUCUCUGAAUCUAUUCACUGGGGAAAAGAAAACUUGGGAGAACUGAUAUGGGGACCUGUUCUCACUUCCUAUUCUCUUUGUGUUCUAAAUUUCUUUAGCUGGCCCUGAACCUAGUCUCAUUUUAAUCAUAAGACUCUGGUUCAGCUCUUGGACAGUUUUUCUUAAGCCUGUUAGCUAGAAUAAGAGACUGAUUCACUUAGCUCCAAAGACAAAGGACACUUGCUCCUUCCCACCAGAAGGUGUUCUUAGAUGACUCAGAACUGAGGGAAGUGUCAGUCCCAUAGAGGAGAUCUCCCCCAUGAUAAUUCAUUUUUGGCUUGCCUGGGAUGCACACGUAAAACUGAUCAUCCAGUGCUCCGAGCCCCACAGUGGUUUUAGACUGUCACUGGGAGAAACCAAGACACAUAUGAGGGGAAGAUCAGCCCUUUGGUGACUCUCUGGGAAGUUCUCGCCAUAAGCAGCACAUUCGAUCCACCAAAUGCUUUCCCUACAAUAGAGUUUCAGCUUCUAACCCUUUUUCUUUCUUUUCCAGUGCUGGGUAGAUGUGUCCUUAUGGCAGUUCUGGAAUGUUGGUAUUGUGUUGAGGAUUGGUGGCCAAUCCUGUUGACCAAAACUCUUAGAAUAAAGAAGUGGCCCUGCUACCCCUGGUUGCACUGGGUUUUCAGCUUAUCUGGAGAGAUGCUGAAUUCCAGGAGCAUGAAAAGAUUCUGUCUCCAGAUUUUCUUUCAGCUGCUCAAAUCACUGAAAUGCUAACAGAAGACAUAAAUGGAGUUCAACAAAAACUGAAAAAGUUUUUGAAUUUCAAAAACCUUCAAACCUGUUUAAAGGAAGCCAUUCUACUAGAUUAUUAUGUAUCUGGAUUUUUGUGGGCUAGAGGAAUGGACUUUUCUGUUAUUCAAUAUUCAAAAUUUAUGACUUUACUAGAUAUGUUACUUCAUAAUCUUAGAACACUGCAUAUGUCCUUAGAAGACAGCAUAAAAUGGCUUGGAGAAGUUAUGGCUGAAAUAGGACCACCCCAUUCACAGAAAAAUGAAGAAUGGAGUUUUUUUAAUAUAAAACAAGCCAAUGCUAUCAUCGAUUACUUAAAAAUCAGCUUAUUUCAACACUACAAGCUAUAUGAGUUUCUAUUCUACUCUACCAGGGAAGAAAUUGUGAUAGGAACUGAGCAAAUGAUAGAGGUUGUCAAGCCUUCAGGUGGUCUCCUUCCAGAUCCUCUAGAAGAAGGAAUCUCAUUUGACAUUUAUUCAACAUUCAUAGAACCACCCCCAACAUUGGAUGCAGAAGUGAAGGGGUUGGAUCAAGAACAAGUCCCUGAGGAAUUCCAGUCAGAAGCCAACAUUUCCGAUGCGGAUCCUUUAGUGGGUUUCACCAUUGAAGAUAUAAAAUCAGUGCUGGGUCAAGUCACAGAUGAUAUUUUAAUCAGCAUUCAGACCGAGAUAAACGAAAAGCUGCAAAUACAGGAAGAGGCCUUCAAUGCACGAAUAGAAAAACUGAAAAAGGCCUGAGGACUUAGUGCAAGGAGAGUGAUGCUUAAACUUCAGAGAAACAAAUAAAACCAGCCAGAAUAAUAGACUCUCCAGAGCAGCAGAUAUCCUUCCUUUCGUUGGGAGAGGGAAACCAAGCCCCACUUUUUAUUAUCCUAAGUAAUUAGAAAAGUAUUGGCCCCAUUUUGCUAUCUCCUGUCCCAUAACAGCCUCUGAAUUUAUUGCACUAAGUGUAAUAAGAACAUUCUGUAUACAAGAGUUUGGAGAAUUAUAUAUAAAAAUACAAUUACUUUUACGAUACUCCUUUGACAUUUUGACUAAUAAAUGCUAUUCAUCUUCAGGGAGAAUGAAGCCCACUUUUUUUAAAUAAGGAAAAAUAAUAAUAAUUUUAUCCAUAUUGACCCAAUGAACUGCCACAUUACUGGAGCCCUGUGAACAGAUAACCACAUGGCCAAGGAUAAAACUUGCUAAACAAUAGCAAUUAAAAUGCAUAUACUAUGGGUUUUUUCCCCCUUAAAUCGCUUGGUUUUCUUAUUUAAACGUUUCAGUGUGAAACCAAUUUUCUGAAAUUAUAUAAUGCAGUUUGAAACACUUUAAUUUAUUCUGUACCGUAUUUGUUAUUUCUAAUCUUGUUACUCUCCCAGGAGAAUACAUGACCUAUAUAAAAAGAAGCAAUGUAUAAAUGGUUAUUAAAGACCAACCUAUAUAUAGAUUGUAAAAAUCUUAAAUACAAAUCAAACUCACAGAGCUCUUAAAAUGAACCAUUAUAUUGCAGUAGAAUGAUUGAAAACAUCUCAAGCCUUUAAAUACCUUUAUGAAAAUAUAAUUUUAGAAGAAAAAUAUCCAUUUGCCAAUUGAUUGUUUCAGGUUGGAUAAAUUAAAUUAAUUAUGAGCUAUAUCCUUUCCAAAUUUCUUAGACUUCAGAGUAUCCUAGAAUGGAGAACAUUACUGGGAAGGGGAGAGUUCCUUUAAGAAAUUCCCAGUUUAUACCGGAACCAGAGGUACUUGGUUGAAUAUGUUCUAUCUACAUCCUAACUUUGGGCCAGACCUUACCUUCUCUAUCAGUAUCAGAGGGAUUGCCCAAAAUGUAGAGACAGAUGUUGAGGUAGAGACAGAUCUGACAGCAUUUGAUAGUUUUCUAACUGUGCUGAUCAGUAAAGCCAAGAGUGGUCCUUAAGAUAAAGCCAUGUUUAUUGUUCAUCGGUUCCUAGUCUGGAAGGCCUGGAGAUACACUGUGCUUCUUCCUUGAGCUGUCCUUCCCAGCUGAAAACAUUGAUGGCCACAGGAGAUCAGUAGGAGGGCUUGUGAGGCUUGAUUUUUCCAAGCAGUCUUUUCUCCAGGGAAAACAGAGGUGAAACUAGGGAAACCACAAAUGGAAUAAAGGAGCUCCUGGAAAUCACCAAGCACAGCUUCAAAUGCAAUCAUUGGCACAGAGUGGACCCGCAUUUCUAAUAAAGUGCUUAUUUUGAACAAGAGUACCAGCAGUCUAAAAGUGAGCCACUGGCUAAUAUGUGACUUUGAACAAACUACACAACCUCUAUUUCCUCAUCUAUUCAAUGAGGAUGAUACUUAUUUUUGAGGUAGUUAUAAGGAUCCAAUAAAUUCAUAUCAAAGGACAUUUGCUGUCAGGUUUGGCUUCUGUUCGCCUCUUAGGAUACCCGAAAAGGCACAGGCCAUCUCUCAUACCCACUGCCCAGAUGUUUGAUCAGCCUCUUUGCCAGAAUUCCUGGCCUUCUCUGUCUCUCUAUUGGCACCUGUAGACCAGUGUGUCCUCCCCUGGUAACCACUUUGCCACUGUGCCGCCUACAUCUUUCAUGCUGGAGGACCCCGGAGGUCUCUGUUGUUGCCUAACCCUACCCUCUAAUAACAGGAGGAAGAGCAGCCAUGGUAGCAGCAGCUCAUUUCAAUUAAUUUUGAGUUUAUAAAGGAAUAUAUGCACUCAGUUAAAGACAACAAAAACGAAGUGCAGACAAUGAAAAAUAAAUUUCACCCAAGCUGGGCACCCUCAUUUCUCUCCCCACAAGCCAACUGCAGCUUCCAGUAAAUUCUUAGAGAAGUAUUUUUAACCCAUUUAAACACUGGAUGCUUGUAGAGAGUGAUCUUUUUUAAAAAACGUAAUUUGCAUUGUUGUUUACUUUGGUCUUUUCAUCAAAUAAUAUAUUUUGGAGAUAAUUCUACAUUUUAAUGACCAUAUAAUAUUUAAUUUUAUCAAUUUCAUAACUUUUAAACUAGUCCUAUUGAUGAACUUUUUAUUGUUUCCAGUAAUUUACUAUCACAAUGCUACAUUGCCAUUUUCAUAAACACAUGUGAUUGUAUGGUUCCUAGGAAGGGAAGUUUCUAGGUCAAAUUUAGUGCCUUUAAAAGCUAUUUCACCAACAGUGUAUGAGAAUGCCUAUCUCUCUCUGCAUUGUUACUGAAAACAUGCAUUGGCCAAUUUCUUAUCUUUGGUAUUCUGAUAGGUAGCACAUAAUGUCACACUGUUGUGUUAAUUUGCUUUUAUCUUUUUACUCUACACAAAUUGAGCAACAUUGGUAUGUUUAUAAGCAAAUGUGUGUGUGUGUGCCUUUGCGUGUGUCUGUGUGUGUGUCUGUGUGUUUAUCCUCUUAAUAAGCCUAGGACAGAGAAAGAUAGGUAUUAUUGGCCUCAUUAUAUAGUUAUAGAGUCUGAAGCUUAAAGAGAUUAUUAACUUGAACCAACUUGUACAAUUACUACUUGAUGGAUGAGGGCUUCAAACCCAGGCCUGAUCUAUUUUAUAGAUGAGGAAGCUGAAACUCAGAAAAUUUUUAAGUACUGUUCCCAUGAUCACACGACCAGUAAGUGGUAGAAACAGGUUUUGAACUUAGGCCUGUAUGAUCACAAACCGCACAUUUUUCACCUUUAUCUUCACUGAGCUCUCAUUGUCAACAUGAAACUGUGAAAAGUAAACACUGGACUUUCUUUUAUUAGUUAUUAGUUAUAAUAAAAGAACAAACUUGGGGUGCCUGUUUGACUCAGUCGGUUAAGCAACUGACUUUGGCUCAGGUCAUGAUUUCACGGUCUGUGGGUUCGAGCCCCACGUCAGGCUCUGUGGCUGACAGCUGGGAGUCUGGAGCCUGUUUUGGAUUCUGGGUCUCCCUCUCUCUCUCUGCCCCUCCCCCCCCCCAUUCACACUCUGUCUCUCUCAAAAUAAACAUUAAAAAUUUUUUAAAAAAGAACAAACUCAUCUUAUCAUUAGCAUGUUAAGUAUUUAGAAAAGUUAUGCAAGAAUGAAAUGUACAACUCAGCUGUGUUCAUUCAUUCAUUCAUUAUCAUUCACUCUUUCAUUCAUUAUCCAGUAUAUAGCCACUGAGUACCUACUAUAUCCCUGGGCAUUUAGUAGUGAGCCAAACAGACUUGGUCUCUGCCCUGAUAAUCUAUAGGGGAAACAGAUACUGACUGUGAUAAAGACAAACUUUGGGGAAUUAUGAGAGUAUUGAACAAAGGAGUUUAUCUAGUCUGGGAGGUCAGGAAUGUGUCCCAUGGGUUUUUACAUUUGGGGACUGAGCAGUACAUAGAAUUAACUAGACAGAAGAAGGUGAAGGAAGGGGAAUUUCAGGCAGAGAAGUAUGUACAAAGUCCCUGGGACACAAGGAGAGGCUGAACAAUUUAGCCAUAGUCAGAGCUCUCCCAGGGUCCCGUAGACCACAUUACGGAAUUUCAUUUUUAAACUAAUAGCAAUGGAAACUUGUUGAUAGGUUUUAAGUAGAAAUUGACACCAGAUUAGUAUUUUUUAAAAAGGUCAUCUCCCUGGUGCUAGGACUUCUAUCCAUGGAGACAAGGAAAAUAGUAUUUUCAUAGAAGGAUUCCUACUGCUAAUGAUGCCAACCUCCACUUCUUAGCAAUUCCUAUGAGUGGGAGAAGUAAAGAAAAAUUUUAACUUUUUUAAGUCUCAGGGUUCACUGACUCUAAGCAGUCUUUGGCACAGAGGCAGCCUUUUGAAGAGCCAAUUAAAAACCAAUACCAACCUAUUACUUAGACAAGCAGCAACCUUUCUCUUACCAUCCACAGGAAGAUAUCUUUCUUCCAUCUGCAGGAAUAAUUUGGGGCACUUUUUUCCUCACCCCCAUGAUGAGUUUCAAAGAGAAAAUAUAUUCAUUAUGUUAUGAACAGCCACAGACUGCCACAAUUUCAGGUAUUUGCAGGCACUGUUGCGCCUAAAUAUAGCUGUGGAGUCAUUUUUCCAAAAUCCGAAUAUAAAGCCCCUAUUUCUAUCCUCCAUUUGAUUGGAACCAUUCAACCAUCCUGGUAGAUAAUAAGUUUGCAUGUUCUUAGAUUGCAUUUCAUUAUGCUUCAGUUCCCCUAGAGAAUAAACGUGCUCCUUUUCCCAACAAUUGUAGAGGAGAAAUACUUCUGACAUCUCAAAUUUCAGAGAGCCUCAGGAAGACGUCCCUCUUCUGGACAUCAAAGUCUUUUUUUUUCCCCUUGGACAUUGAUUUGUUAAAUAAGAGAAGUCAGUACUCCUUCAUGGCAGCCAAAAUACCUAUUAAUUUAAGUUUCCCAAGCAAAAAGGAAUCUAAAUCAAAAUAAUACCAUCUUGUUGGAAUUCAAAUUCCAAAACAAAGAAAGAAUACUAAAAAUCUCUUUUGUUUUUAGGAUCACUCCCUUUUUCAUGGAAGCACCAGCUGUGGAGGUUGGCUUAUCUCGUUUCUUGGUCAGAGCCACCAAAGAGUUGUGUGUUAUUUUACUUAAUUUUUAGCUUCAGAGAAUGUUCACUGCAGAUGUCUCCAAUGGUCAUUUGAUGUUUAUUUCUUCUUUUUUUUUAAAGUUUAUUUAUUUAUUUUGAGAGAGAGACAGAGACAGAAACAGAGAGAAGGAGAUAGAGAAAAUCCCAAGGAGGCUCUACACUGUCAGCGUGGAAACCGACACAGGUCUUGAACCUGCAAACUAUGAGCUUAUGACCUGAGCUGAAACCAACAACCAGAUACUUACGCAACUGAGCCACCCAGGUGCCCCAGCGUCUUCUUUUUAAUAUAUUCAAGGCACUUUCUAGGUAGGACAAAUGUAGGAAGAUAGAUAAGGUCCUUGACUUCCAGGAGUUCAUAGAAUAGAUAAAGUUUAUAAUCUAGAAGCAGAUGAUACACAAGUGAACAAAUAAGAGGAUCUUAGAUAACAAUAAAUGAUGGUAAUGAUUAAUACAAAGCCAUGGGAUAGAAGGCUCUGGGAUAUGGGAGAGGCACCUUACCUGGGGUGCUCUGAGAACUCUGGUUGGAUGGGGUGACCUUCAAGCUGAAACCAGGGUAGGAAAAGAAACCAGCGAUGGGCCACUCCAUGGAACAUUUGUUCCAGACAGCGAAGAUAGCAAGUAAGGUGAUAUUGCCAAGUAGAACUUCUGAUCACACAAAGCAGCUCUCAGAGGAGAUGUGUAUACCCAGGUCACACUUUUGAUAAGUAACCUGGCUGGUUUGCAACCUUAGAUCUCACAUUCUUAAUCCAGUACCUUCUCCACCCCAUCAUGUUGCCAUGGUCAUAUUGCCUUAUCUAAAAAUAUAUAUGCAUAAUCAUAGCCACAAAAUGCUUAUUAGAAUAUCCCCAAAUCCAAAUAAGCCCACCUACUUAAAAGAAUCUUGGUCCAGAUCUCCCUUGCAGAAGAAUUACAAAUAAAUUAUGUAGAUACUCUACUCCAAAAGAGGAGGACCGUAACUGCCAUCAUUAUAUGUGGGCUGUACAUAGUGACUUCUUUCCAAAGAAUUCAAUAUGGAAAGAGUACCUUACAGUUAAGAAACCUGGCAAAUGCUACUUCUUCAGUAUGAUUAAUAUCAACAUCAGUAGUCAUAAAUCAUGUUGAUGGCAUAUACACUUCUCCCCAAAAUGCAUAACCCUAGACUAAUCAUGAGAAGAACAUCAGACAAAGUCCAAUAGAAGAGCAUCCUACAACAUACCUGAUCAGUACCACUCAAAACCAUCAAGGUCAUCAAAAAUGAGGAAAGUGUGAGAAAAUGUCAAUAGCCAAAAGGAGCUUAAAGACAUAUGACAAGUAAUGAAAUGUAGAAUCAUGCAUGUGAUUCUGGAACAGAAAAAGGAAAUGCAAAGACAUAUGAAGAUGAACUUUACUUAACAAAAUAUACCAAUAUUGGUCCAUUAACUGUACCAAAUGUACCAUACUAAUGUAAGACAAGUAAUAACAGUAAUAAUUAGUAAUAAUAGGAGAAACUGUGGGGAGGCAGGGGAACAGUAUGUGGGAAGUGUCUCUCCUGUCUACUCAGUUUUUCUGUAUAUCUAAAACUGUUCUUAAAAAUUAUCUAUUAAUUUAGAAGAAUCUAUGUCAAAACAAAACAAAAUUAAUUAGAAGGAAAGAUGCCCCCAGUCAGAUUUCACCACUCGUGUAGUGACAUCCCCUUUCUAGUGACACAUGAAAAAUCAGAUAGAACCAUCUUGCAAACUAGGAGGAAAAAGAAAUGCUCAUAAAGGUCCCAUUUUUAAGAGAAACUGCAAGCAUCAUCAGUCUUGCCUCACCUUACCUUCUCAGUUCCAUGGGUAGAUGUUGAAACUUUCUAAAGGCGUGCAUGACUCAUAAAAGCAAGGGUAUAUUGGUUCCUUUUAAGUACCCAACUCCACAAUAUAACAUGAUAAUAUGGUCUAUCAGCCAACCUUAAAUAAAGAGAUCAACCAUUAAUAAGAUGGCUCCAGUCUCUCAAGCUGUUCUCAGUGAGGCAAAUUUCCUCUAGAUCCUACUAAGACUUCUCUCAAUGAGCAUUCCUUGUCUUAUAUAAUAUGGAUAUAAUAUGGAAAUUGCUAUUUUUAAAUAGAUAAAAGGAGAGAAGAUAGAUGAUAGAUAGAUGAUAUAGGUAAGUGAUAACCAACAACUUGAAAUCAGGCAUGGAAAAUGAUCUUCUGCCAUUCUAUCACCAAAAAAAAAAAAAAAAAAAAAAAAGGAGGUGGGGGUAAAAUAGCUUGGAUAUUCAUCCUUUUUAUUGAAUAUCAAUCUCAAAAUCAAAAAAGUGGAAAAAAACCUGUUCUUACACCAAUGAAAUAUUCAUUCAUUGUCAAUACAUGACCUUCAUAAACCAAGUUUUAAGUUCAACCAAAAUGAAAGUAACAGUGCUCAUCUUCCAACUCCCUACAGAAGCUAAUCUUACAACUAUCAACAAAAUGUUUGUGGAUUUUAUUUCCUUACCUUUUUCUGUAUAAUAACUAAUACUAUUAUUUUUCAUUAACCCUCUCCAAUCUUCUUUUCAGUUGUUAUUGGACUUUAUGGAUUAGCAUAAAGUUUGCACUGAAACUCAAAAUGAAACAAUUAGUGUUCUCACUCUACCUUGCCAGACCCAGAACUUGCUACAUCUGCUUAGGAAAUGUAACUGAGUGAUUGAACAAACUUCAUGACCCACAGGAUUCAAUUUUCAAAUCGUAGGACCAUAGGAUCAUGGUGCUGAAGGUCUUAAACAUCAUCUAAUUCAACCCUUUCACAAUGAAGAAACUGAGGCCCUGAAAGGGAAGACUUUGUGAUCACACAGUUAAUUUGUGGCAGGGCCAAAAGUAGAAUACAGAUCUUCAUUCAUUCAUUUAUUCAAACAUACUUAUGUUCAACACAUGUUUAUUAAGUAUCUUCUGUGGGUAAGAAUCUAUGCUAAAAGAGACAUAAUCGCUGACCUCGUGGGGUUUAUAGUCUAUUGGGAGAAGACUAGAUUUCAAUCAGUCACACAGGCAAAAAGCAAAAGAGUAAUGGGUGGUUGGGGGAAAAAAAAAAAAAGAUACACUCUUCUACAGUGAGAACUUAUUUAGAGGAUUUUGACCAAAUCUAGAAAGGUUCCACUGGGAGAGUCACAUUUAAAGGAUCAAUAGGCACUAAUGAGGCAAAGAGGGGAGAAAAGGGUUUUCAGGCCAAGGAGACAGCCAGUGUGAAAGUCCCUGAGAAAAGGGAACACGGGAAGCAGAGAAUGUGAAAAGGAGACUAUGUGGCAGGAGCCUCAUAGUGAGAAGGAAUAUCUUGCAAAAUUGAAAAUGCUUAGGUAAGAGGAGAUUAGAUUAUGCAAAGCCUUGUAUGUCAGGAUAGUUUUGUCUUUUUCGGAAAUAUAAUGAGGAGUUAUUGAAAGGUCUUAAGAGAUAUGGGGCUUGUUGAUGAAGGACAAGCACAUUUGCACUGCGCACAGAUGAUUCCUAUUGCAGUGGGGAGAGUGGAAAAGAGCCUAGAGAGGGUGGGAUCACUCAGGAGACUCUUCCAGCCUACUGCUCUGUCUGUAACAUCACAUGCAUGUCAGAAGCUGUCCACCAAAAACUGUUCUCCUAGAAUGACGGGAUUCCAUUUCCCAGGUCACGUGGCAGUUGGGUGUGGCCAUGUAACUAAACUCCAGCCGGUGAAAUGUGAACAGAAGGAAAAGGCGCUACCUGAAGGGUAUUGCUCAAGACCAGACAACUCCUCCCCCUGCUCUCUCUUCUGCCUUUCUGCCGGAUGGCAGUGAGGAGAGUGACAAUUUGAAAGUGAUAGAGCAACUAUCUGCCUAGGUUUCUAAAUGACCAUGUGGCAGGAGACACUUUCCCACCUGGAUCACAAGUCCAGACUGUCUUAUGAGGGAGAAAUAAACUUCCAUUCCUUCGAGUGACUUCAUUCCUGGGUCUAUCUGCUACAGCAAUUUAGCGUGCCCUAAUUAACUCCAUUUAUGUCUGUGUUUAUGCAUAUGUAAUAUGUCUCACAUUGGUCAAUGUCUAUAAACUGGGAAAACAACUAGCAAAUUCAUUAACUAGGGACCUACUUAUAGUUUUAUUACAUAAGGUAAUUAUUUCUUAGUUUAUAUAAGCCCACGCCCCUUUCCUAGACUGACAGUCUAUGAAAUAAUUGACUAAGCCUCACAAGUCUGAUGAAUUGCACACUCAGGAAUUUCCCAUGAGAGGACACACCUUAAAUACUUUCUACUUUAAGAGAGGCCUGUAAAGUUUUAAAUGUCUAUGGUUAGCUGGGGAUUACUCUAAUAUAAUAAGAAAAGUAUAAAUAAGACUCUAAAUUAUUAAUUUGCUAGUAGUUUUUCCUUUCAACCCAGGUUAUUUCCGGAGCUGAAGUACUCUUUAAUUCACUAAAAAUUAUUUACUAAAUACCUCCACAGGAACUUGGCUAAGUCCCUUAUUAGAGGAAGUAUUGAUAUGUUGGGUGCUGUCGAUAUUAACCAUAUUUAUUUCUAAAAAUGAACAUGUGUUUCUGAAAUAUUCUGGUUUGGAUAGUAGAUGGGUUAAAAUAAAAGACACGCAGAUCGUAGACAAAGUUGAGACUAUAAAAUUGAGAUUCUGGGGCACCUGGGUGGCUCAGUCGGUUAAGUGUCCAACUUCGACUCAGGUCAUGAUCUCACAGGUUGUGAGUUCGAGCCCUACAUCGGGCUCUGUGCUGAGAGCUCAGAGCCUGGAACCUGUUUCGGAUUCUGUGUCUAACCUCUCUCUCUGCCCCUCCCCCACUCACACUGCCUCUCUCUUUCUGUCUCUCUCUCUCUCUCUCUCUCUCUCUCUCAAAACUAAAUGAACAUUAUUUUUUUUUUUUUAAUUGAGCUUCUGUCAGAGAGAAAAGCAAGAAUGGCCAUCGGGUAGGCAACCACACAUCUGCCCAUCCACAACAUUUCAUGCUUCGGAAUAUCCUACUGUUCUCAGAAUUCUCAAAUUCCAAAUUUAGAGAGAGCAAUAGAUAGAUGGAUGACGGAGAGAGAGAGAGAGAAAGAGAGAGAGAGGCGGGGGGGGGGUGGGGAGAAAGAGAUCUUGUCCUUCUUUCCAAAGAUUAUGCUACUGGUGCUGAUUGUUACCUCUUAUGGGUAGGUGUGGUUUUUUAAAUGUUUGCCAUGGAAGAAGCUACCUGCAUUCCAACAUGUCUAUGAAUAAUAGCUAGAAAUUUUUGAAACCAAACCUUUUCAGCUCUUAAGGUGCUAGAUUCAUAUUGAAUUAUUAUUACCAUUUCCUUUCUGCUGAAAUUUUGAUGACAUGGCCAUCAUUCAUUCAACCAAGUGUGGCUAUUUCAGAUUCAGUUAAGUGUCUUUAUUCAAGGUGUCCUCAUAGGCUCCUUUAUUUGUUAGAACUAUUUCAAAAUGAAUAGCCAGAUGAAUCACGAGAGCAUUGCAAAGCAAAACUCAUGUCAGGGCUAAACUGAGGAAACAAACAAAAAGAUGAGGCAAUUACAGACUUGGGGAAUUCUUUAUGAUACAAUAUUGAAUGAAAAAAAAGGAAAAAUCUAUCAUUUAAUAUGAAAUGUGUUUUCUGCAGAAAAUUUGAUAGGCAAAGAAAAAGCAUUCAAACAAAAUGGAGGUUAUCUCUUGGUGGUGAGAGUACUGGUGAUGAUUAAAAUGUUUGUUGUAUUUCCUAUACACUUUAAUUAACUUUAUUUUUUUAACUAAUGAGAAAUAAACACUGCUUCUAACAGGUUGAUGCUAUACACUAGCCUGCAUUGUCACUGCCCUUUUGCCAGCUUCUGGACCAAGCUGUUGGAAGCUUGGGUAUCUUCCCUGUGCUAUCUGGGAAACCAUUAGAAAGCAGCAGGUACCGUUUGGACAAGGGGAAGCACAAAGAGCCACCCAAAAAGGCUACUGUUCUCAAAAAGCAAUAGACACAUUGCCCUUCUAGUCCUGAGACCACUUCUAGAGCUGGAUUCCACAGAGGAUUCUGUCAGGAGAAACUGCAAAAUGGUGGGUAUGUCACAUUACCCCCCUGUGCCUCGGGUUUAUUGUUUAUAAAAUGAUUGACAAUUGGUAAAAGGAGGUGACACGGAAAAGCCUUUUCCUAAAACUUUCAGAUUUUCAAAAACUAGAAACUAGUCUUAAAGGAACACAGCAUGUUAAAGAAUGUCUCAAAUUGGCUUAAAAUUGAAAGACCAGAUGUAUUCUCAUUUAAGCCAAGAAUGAGACAAGGGGAGUAAGUAAUGGAGUAACUGUAUGAAUACCUGUCUAAUAUCUGUCUCCCAGUCCAGGCUAUAGCUCUAGGAGGGCAGGGACUGUGCUCUGUCUCCAACGUCUAGCAUAGUGCCUGGCAAAGUAGGUACUUCAUAAAUAUUUUGCAGAAGGGAGAGCAGAAAGCAAGCAGACUGACUGGCUGGCUGGCUCUUUUCACCACUGGCACUGAGCUUUUCCUACCACUACAAUAAAACAACAUAUAGAAAUUAAAAGUGUAAUUAACACAAAGCUAAAAUUACUAUUGUUUUCAGAUCAUAAGAUUAUCUACAUUGAAAGUCCAUGAAACCCCAUUCUAAAAAAAAAAAAAAAAGAAAUCAGCUAAAAAUAAAUAUUAUUGAUUUUUCCAUAAAUUAACAAUGAUUACAAAAUAUAAUGGAAAAAAAAAAGUCUCUUACAGUAGUGACGCACAUACCAAAUACUUACGGUGAAAAUAGGACAUGUAAAGGACCUGUCUGAAGAAAAAUAUAAAACUCCCCUACAGGGCCUUUUUGCUAGAUGCAAUGUUUAAAUAUAGUAAAGAUGUCUUUUCAAAUGUAAUUCCAGUGAAAAAUCUCAGGGUUUGUAAUUGCCAAUGCUAGUCUGAGAUCAACAUGAAUGCUGAAAGAAUAGAAAGGGCAAGGGCUUUCCAAUUUAAAAACAUUACAAAGGUAAAAUAUUUUAAAGUAUGGUGUUAGUGAAAAAAUAACUGCCAAAUUAGUGAAACAGAAUAGAGAACCCUAAAAUGGCCUUCAUACCAAGAAUUUGUUUUACAGCAAAAUUUACUUGGGUGGCUGAGAUGAUGAAUCUGGAGUCCCUCAGUCCUGAGAUCCAUUCCUAGACCUGCCCCCUGUAGAUAAAAUCAGUGUAAACUGUCUAAGUCUCUGUUCACUCAUCUAUACAAUAGGGAUAAAAAUAACUCUAGUUUCAGGAGAGAUGGGAAAAUAAAGAAAUCUACAAGAAAUGAUGCUGGGACAAUAAACUGAGAAAAAAAUGUUUAUUUGUUACAUAUCCACGUUCUAUUUGUUACAUUUUACCAAGCAUAUCAGUAGGUUAAAGCAUUCAAUGCAAAUGCAAAUGUUAAAACUACAGAACAGCUAGAAGAAAGAGUAAAUGAUUCUUUUCCUAAUCUUGUGAUGGGAAAAGCUUUAACAAAUAAAAGCAAUGAAACAACAUCACAAAGAAAGGCAAAAAGGAAAAUUUUAACUACAGAAAAAUUUUGAAGUGCUCCAUGUGAAAGAAAAUUCACCAUAAGUUAAAAGAAAAAGAAAAAGAAAAAAAAAUAAAAGAGAAAAACGCUUUCAGCAAGAUGUAUGACAGAUAUGGAAUUAAUAACUUUAAUAUAUAAACAGCUCUUUACAAUCAAUACAAAGAAUGCUAACAAUUCAAUAGAAAAAUUUCAAAGGAUCUGAACAACAGAUUCACAAAUGAGAGAAUUAAAGAAUAAAUACAAAUCGUCAGAAUAAUGAAAAAGUGUGUAACUUCAUCAAUUCUAGAAUUUCCAAGGGCUAUAUAUUUGAUGUAUUUAAAGUCAAAGAAAUCAAUAAAGGGAAAUGCAGAAAUGAAAGUAUUUUGUGUGCUAUUAUGCCAGAAAUUGUCUAAAAGUGACUCAAAUAGCACUGUGCAACUCCCAUUUAACCCUGACGUGUUAAGAUGUACUUCAAAAAUUUUGUUGAGAUAUUAGAACUCCUUUUUGGUAACAUGCAGUAUGCCGUUCACUCACUCUUUCUGCCAUCUCAUGUUGUUCUCUACUUUUUGAACACGGCACACAUAGCUGUCACACCUGAUCAUUUCCACGUCAUAAAUAUCAAUGUGGAUGAGCAAGAACUAAGUGGGUGAUGAAAGAUCUCUGAGGAUACCUUGAAGAGAUCUUGUUCUGAGUCUUGUGCUCUUACCACUAACUGUGAGCUAGGUCAUGGAAGAGGCACAUCAGUUGACCAAAUGAAAGAUGAUUAAAUCAGUGUUUUCCCUAGUGAGUUCUCAAAUUCCUGUACCCAACUCCAUCCCUUCCAAAUCAGAAGGCAGGACCUAGAAAUUGGCAUUUUUAACAAGCACCCCAAUUAAUGCUUUCAAGUCCCUUCUAAUGCUCCAAAUUAAAUAUUCUGAAGGAAAAAAAAAUAUGCACGCUGAAUAACAGUUCCACUCUGUAUGUCCAAGAGUGACACCCACCUCAAUUCUCAGAUCCUUGUUAUUUUUGAGUUAGUGUCUCUUUAGGUUUGUUCUCUCAAUCCCAUGCAUCAUAUUACACUCAUCGAAGCUGCCAGUCUUCGAAAGUGCUUUCAGAAAGCACAUAAAUUCAACCCCGACUCCUUAUGAUUCAGACAUUUAAUCACGUCAUAAACUUAAUGGAAUCCAAUUUGAAUGUAGACACCUCAACAGCUACAUUGCAUUGAAUUCACAGCCUUCAUAAAAUGUGGGUCUCAAAAUGAAUCACCAGCCUAAUGAAAAGUUCAGGAAAAAAUGCUGCCCUCUCAUUGGUCACUGUCCUGGGUCUUCAGCCGCCAGGAAAAGGACCGGAGCUGUCAACACAACAUUGUAGCCCAGGCAACCAGCCAUGCUACUGGGAACUUUUCAACACUUUUAAAAAAAUAAAUACAAGUUACUAUAGAAACUUUCAGAUGCUUUCUAGAUUGUUUGGACAGCCCAUGGCUUAUAACAGUAAUGAUGCCAGGGUUAGACUUCACCUGUCAGUUUAGGACCUCCCAUCAUUAACAGUCCAGAAAUGGGUUGCUUUGGAGGUUCUCCAGACCCUUGCUUGAUUGCCUCCAUAAAGGGUGUCCCUUCAGUGGUGAAUGUUCUCUGGGUAAGAAGAAAUAGGAGCCCCGGGGUGGCUCAGUUGGUUAAGCGUUGGACUCUUGGUCUUGGCUCAGGUCUUGAUCUCAGGGUCAUGAGUUCAAGCCCCACACUGGGCUCCAUGCUGAGUGUGGAUCCUCCUUUAAAAAAAAGAAAUAAAGAUGUGCCUGGGUGGCGCAGUUGAGCAUCCAACUCUUGAUUUCAGCUCAGGUCAUGAUCCCAGGGCCAUGGGAUCAGGCCCCAUGUCAGGCUCUGUGCUGAGCAUGGAGCCUGCUUAAGAUUCUUUCCCUCUCCCUCUGCCCCUCUCCCCCACUUGUGUGCUCUCUCUCUCUCUCUCUCUGUCACUAAAAUAAAGAAUAAAAACUAAAUUUUUUAAAAGAAGAAAGAGAUACUAUGUUUCCAAAACUCCAACAAUUCAUGACUUAAACAGGAAAUAAAAAUACAGCUGGCCCUACAAACACCCAGAAAUGGUCUCAAUGAUUUUUGGCAUCCACUAGGUGAAGACAUCUGGGUGACCACUUCUGAGCUUUUGAUCCAGAUGUUUAACCAUAGUGGCAACUCAACUUUGCACUGAAGCUGAGUAACGUUUAUAGUUACUACAGAGGUAUCUGUGUGCACUCCUUUUAUUGGGAAUGUCUUGUCACAUUAGCUUUUCUACCGUGGGUAGGGUGGCUUUGCCUGAAAGAACCUCAGGAUCUGCAGAAUCACUGAGACCAACCUUCUCAAUUUUCUCUUCUUUCUCUUCUUUAAGCUUUUGUUGUCAUCACUAAGUGGAAGGGAGACAAAAUCCUUUCUUAAUUUUUUUUUGAGGACAGCUGAUGGAAUCUACCCAUUCUUAAAAAGUUAUAGUUAUUUACCUGAAGUAGGAACCUUGUACAUAAGGGAAGGAGGCAGGACUCUCAAAUGUCUUGUAUACUUUUUGAGUCUAAUAUGCUGAACUGCAAAUUUAAUCCACUGAAGUGGUUUCAUGCAAACACUCCUCUCAAAUUCCUUUUGUACAAAAUCUUGAUGCAUAAUGUAUAGAGUCUGAAAAUGGAUUAAGCUACAUUUGGAGAUGGUUUGAAUUUUUUUUUAAGCAAGCAAAAACAAGCAGCUUUUUGUUGUUGCCUCAUUUAACCCUUCCUGCUCAAGCAAUCACACAUGGAUUGUGUCUUCUCAAAGCUGCCUUCUACACAAUAUUUCUUGUCUUUUUUUUUUCUGUCAAAAAGUUUGAAAUGUAAGAAGUUUUAAUUAGAAAUUUGAAGAGUGAAUUAGACUCAUUUCCCUCAGAUUUUCCAACUAAAGCAAGCAAAUAGAAUGGUAAAACCUUCUGAUUUACUUCUGGAAGAUAAUUUAGCAACUGAAUAAGCAAAUGAGUGGAAUCUUACUGAAUAAAAUGUUUCCUGGUACUCCAGAUCUUAAUUACCCUGAGGACUGUGGCCAUAGAUGGAAUGCUCGGUCUGCAUGUUGUUGGAAGAAGGUGUGGUAAACACUCAGAGACACAUUUCUGCCAGUGCCAAUCAGGGCCAAAAUGGUGGAAAAGGAGACAGCCAGGGGGAAUUGCCAAAGCUUUUAAAGAAUCACAGAUACUUGGCUACAAUCCCACAACUUACGUACCAAUGAGUCAAUACAUUUGUAAUGCUCUGCUUCAUCAUUUGCUUAUUUUUACAUAUCAUUUGAAUAUUAUGUAAAUUGUACUGAAAAGAGAGUUGCCGCUGGAAUGAGAUUUUGGCUGAAGCCCUAAGUUGACCCGAUAUAGUUAUGUGACCUUAAACUCACUUGCUCCUUCCAGGUUGUGUUUCAUCAUCUGUCAAGGAAGGAGAAUUACACUCCUGUAGCUACCCACCUGUAUCUGGUCCAUGGGGAGAGAUGGGUGGGAAAGUACUUUGUCAAGCCUCAUAGACAUAGCUGAAUUCUCUGUUUUGCAUUGUCUUCUGAGAAAAUGUUAGCAUCCUUGGCUCUUCUGCCUCAUCCUUCUUCAUCCAGGUUUCUCCAAAGGGUGAAGAGAACAGGCUGUUCUGAGGGAGACUUGCAGCUGGCACAGCUGGCCAUUUUAUGGGGGGCCCCACAUACUGAGUCCCAACAGGAGCUUUCUCGCUGGCAAGGCUCCACCCACAACAUACAAAAAUUGGCUUCGGAUCAAUACAGAGAACCAACACUCCCUGGGGCCCAACAUUACCUACGGCCCCCAUUCUGAAUCCUCACCUGGACCCACCUUUUUUCUGACCUCAUGACUAGCCUUUUCUGCUGUUAUUUGCCUCACCUCUCCUGUUUCCUAGAUCAUUCUAGUUAUCUGGUUUGGACCUUUUGAUUCUCUUCUCCAUCAUGAUUCAAAUGAGUCACUCACAUUCCCUUUAACUUAGUCCCAGAACCUUACAACCCCAGCCCCAUGAACAGACUAAGAGCAGGUUUUAGGGGCAGGUGUAAAAGCUAGAUGUGCCUCCCAAGACAGACAACCUAAGGGUUUCUGCCAGCACUACAGACAUUUCCUCUUUUGUAACUAUAGACUUAGAACAAUUGGACAAUUUCAAAUUCUAUACAACAGGUACCUUAGGGGAAGGUGACAGAGGAAAAGGAAGAGUUUUUCCCCCAAUUCACCUCAUCUUCCUACUUUAAAUGCUACCACACAGUAGCAUAUGUGAAAAUACAGAGGAAUCAUCUCCUGUUUGUGCCUCUCCAUAUAGAACUUGAUUUGUCGGUUGCAGUGUUGAUUGGGAAGGGAAGACUAAUUUAAAUUCAAAUUUAUUCUCCAUGACUUCACAAUAAUAUGAACUUUACUAAACAUUUUUUUUUGUUAAUUUCUACAAUGUAGUAAGAGCAAGACCAUGCCUGUCUUGUUCAUUGGAAUAUCUCAAGGACCUAGCACACAGAAGGUGUUUAAAAAAUAUUUGUUGCCUGAAUGAAUACAUAAGAAGAAAAAACAAAGUAAUAUUUGAAAGAUUUCUUAUUACCUGAUGCUGAUAGAGAGUAAAGUUAAUGAUUUAGAGAACAAGUAUGCAGCAGUACUGCUCACUAAUACCUUUUAAAAUGUGUUGAUACUCAUAAAUCCAAAAUAAACGACCUGUAAAAUCACUUAAGAAGAAAUAAUACGCAUUUAAUCAGGCUUCCAGAGGAAAGUCUCAGGAAAAAGCUGAGAAUUUCAAGAAUUAUUAAAUCCCUUCAAAUUCAAUCACUGGCCGAUCACAGACACGCCACAUGUCCCUCUGCCUGCAGGGCUGUCCCGUUAGGCAGUCCUGCUCAGCCCUUCGUUAUAAAACUCCCAAAUUACAGCCACCUCCUGGAGCCAGAGGGAAAGGCUUUGGAUCAGCUGCAAAGGGUAAGUCCCCUUACAGGUCUACCCAGCACGUGUUUCCACCUUCCACAGAGGGAUCUGAAGUAAAGGGGGAGAAAUUGAACACAUCACCCACCCCCUAAAGCCAGCAUCUUCAAAGUCUUACACACGGCUUUAGCUUCAAGUCAAAGGGCUCUUCCUCUGGCAAAUAAAAUUCAAAAUACUGUGAAAUGCCAGUCUGUGCCUCUGCUUUAUAAUCCUGUUGAAGUUUUUGGAAUUUAACAGUGUUCUGGUACCUUCCGUUCCAUCCUGGAUUUUACCUCUUAGUCUGCUAAUGAGAGUUACUUUACCUUUCCCAGAGUUUGAUUAAGGUCCUGAGGGUGGUAGUAAAAUGGAUCCAUCUUUUUGUUACAAACUCAAUUAGCAGAAGUUGGAAUUGCUCUCUUCAACAAAGUUAAAUAAAUUGUUAAUGAGAAAUUUACCUUCACUUGAUUCGUUAGUUGCCUUAUUAGCUUGGAGUCAACACUAUUAAAGGAGAAGAUGUUUAUUAAAGCUUAAGGUGUUUGCUGGAUUGAAUGUUAAAAAGAAGAUGGCGGGCUAGCACUACUGACUGCCUGCUUCCAAAACCCGGAGGGAUUUCCAUGAUUCAUUCAAAAUGAGUAACUCUGAGCUUUCAUUUGGGAUCUCCUCAUCAGGGAAACAGAGAUUUACCUGGUAGGUAAAAAAGUGCCACACACUCCUGGGUAACAUCCAAAGCUUCUCUUUUCAGCCACUGUGGUGGUUUUCUUUUUCUUUUCUUUUUUUUUUUAAUAUGAAAUUUAUUGUCAAAUUGGCUUCUGUGGUGGUUUUCUAAGUCAAAUAGACAUAGACCUGAAGGGAGGCCACUCAGCUGCAGGUGAAUCUGAACACCUUGCCUCCCCUGGUAAGGAAGGAACCAAAACAUAUUGGAGGAGGUCCUUGAGGGAACUUGACCACCAGCCUACUUGUGAACUGGACCCCGACAAUCAGGGGCUCCCCACCACCUCCCCUGUCCUUGGAACAAAGAUUCUACCCAUUGUUCCCACACUGGGAGCCAGUUUUAGGGAAAUAGCCUUGAGAGAACAAUAUGUUGUUGAGACCAUCUGGACAGUAUACAUGACUGAGCCCAGUUAAGACCUCUAUUUUAACUUUUAAAGAUUCUGGCAGUAGGGUACAGACAUCUACUCAUUUUGCAGUUUCCCAAGACAAGCCUCAUAUGGAAGUUCCCUUGUUUACUAAAUAUUCCACCUAUCCAUCUGGAGUGGUUUGCCUCCUUCUUGGGUCUCUCCUUGCCCUCCUCAUAUGGGAACCAGUUUUCAAGCCAACACCCCCACCGUAAAUGUCAAGGGCAUAGGAGAAGGAGGUUAUUUACUCAAAUAAGUUUAUAAGCAGAUCGUAAAACCACCUAUCCAAAGAAAACCAUAAUGUCUCCCUGAUACUGCAUUUACUGAUAACUGGGACUAGGUCUAGGCAUAGUUGUGAGGUCAGUCAAAAUUGUUUCCAGUCCUGGGGUGCCUGAGUGGCUCAGUCGGUUAAGCAUCUGACUCUUGAUUUCGGCUCAGGUCAUGAUCUCACAGGGCUCUGCACGUUGACCAUGUAGAGCCUGGUUGGGAUUCUCCCUCUCCUCUCUCUCUCUCUCUCUCUUUUUCUCUCUCUCUCUCUACCCCUCCUCCACUUGUGCUCUCUCUUUCUCAAAAUAAAUAAAUAAAUAGAAAAAAACUUCUCCAUUUCUCUCUCAAAAAAGCUUCCCUGCAUUCCCACCAUAUAGCUCCUGUGGUAGAAUCUUCAGGCUGGUUCACUCUAGUCCAUCUGUACCCCUUCAUUGACAUUGUAUGGCCCUGCAGAGGCUGACAGGCUAAGUGGUAUCAUUUCCCAGAGUGCUCUACAGUUUGGGUUCCACAUGGGACCUAGCUUCAGCCAACGAGACACUCCUCCAGGAAAUGUGGAAGUAGACUUUGAGGUGGGAGCUACACUAGCCAGCAAGUGUAGAGACAGGUGGGAACUCUAACAGAUUCUCCAGGGUCCAACCCCUAGCACCGUGGCUACUGAGAGGCCAGCAAAGGGCAUGUGUUUUGCUGGUGUGGGCUGGAAUAGACACAGUGAGGUACAAUAGUCAGCAGUUGUGGGGAUGACUUUCUAGAUCGUGGCAGAGAGAGCAGCUCCUCUCUGGGCAGGUUCUGGGGUGUUGAUCUAGGGUGUGAUUCCUGGACAUCUGGCUGAAGGAUUUCUCCUCCAGCUCUUCUAGGGGUUUUUGUAAACUCUUGAUUCUGUCCAUGAACUCCAUUUCUGCUAAAAAUAGCUAGACUGGAUUCUGUUACUGCAACUAAACUCUGACAAAGACACUUCCUUCCUACACAGACAACCAAGUGCCUUAUGUUUUCAGAUGAAAUGAGUUGACAAAUUAAUUCACAAUAAGGUAGUUAAUAACUAAAAAAGUAAUUUCUCAUGGGUACUUGCCUCAACCCAAGCAAAAGGAUUCUAAUGGUAAAUUUCCAAACAUGGAUGGUUUACAAUGCUGAUGAGAAUGUUUUGUUCCUAGACAGGGAAGUAAAGGGUUUUUAAACUGCAAAGUAGUUGUUGCUAGUUGUUAAUGAUGAUGGGGAUGACAGUGGUGAUGGUGAUGUUUAAAAGUGAACCCAAUUUGUAAGGCUCACUGGGCUGACAUCCCCAACCCUCCCCCCUCCCACUCAAUCCUCUAACCAGGGCAAGAAACACCCUGGUCACCACCCAGCUUCUCAUCCCUCACUGCAGAUAUGUCAGAGAGAGCACUCUAUGAAGUCAUGACCAUCCCUGGAAAGAGAAAACUUUCAUCAUAAGGGGAUGAACAAGAAUCUCUCUGAAAGUCAAUAACAUACUCUCAGAGAGAAGACAAAGAAAUGGGCAGGUGAAGAACGGGCAGUUGGAGGGAAAGAUGAUCAAUGAAGUUCAUCUGCACAGCCAGAGAUGCUCCUGGAGCAGCCACUCUGUGGAGGCGCUACCCCAAUAUUUGUGGAGCUCACAGUACAGGGGAAAAUAGGAAUUGCCAUUUCCCAAUCACCUUCUGUGUGACGGACUUUUCUCCAUUAAUUUCAUUCACUCGACAAACACUUAGUGGUUUUCCUUUUAUUGUAGACACUGAUGAACAAACUCCAUUUCCUAAUCCUUUACAGGGGGAACCAGAUAGGACACCAGUACUCACACAGAAUUUUCUCAACUGUAAUUGGGGCAAGUGCUACAAAGGAAAAAACCAUAGCACCCUAUCUGAUGGGGGAAGGGGGUUAGCAUAACUAGGUCUUGGGUUUUGUGGAAUAUUUCCCAGAAGAAAAGCCAUUCCAGUUGAAUCUUGGGGGCUGCACACAAGUUAGUCAAGUUGAAGGAACAGCACCAGCAAAGGCCCUCAGGUUGGAGGAAACUUAAGUCAGAGAGGUACAUAUUAUUAUCCCCAGUUUACACACGGAGCAAUAGGGACGUAGAGAUUAGGUAACUCUCUAAGGUUAUGUGGACCGUAGGGCAGUAUGACCUCAAAGAGAGCCUCCUUACAUAUAAUCCAGCAUCCGUGAGAGGUAGAGACAAAAAUACCACGCAGGCUUUAAAAACAAUUUUCAGGGGACCCUCUCAAGCCUUUCAAGGCCACCCCUCCUCCUGAAGGAGAUGAGGACAGAUUUUCAUUUUCUCACUCUAUUGGGCUCAAGAUUAAAUUAAAUGAAAAACCUGCUAUUUCAGACGCAAAAGUCCUGGGUGCUUUUCGGGAAUGCAACCAUCUUCCCGCCUCCCCAGGGCCUUUCAUACCAUUAUGGUGCAGUCCCAAGCUAUCAAUGAUCGUAAAAAAGCGGGGCUUUGCGGUAGAGGAAAGAGGCUAUUCACGUUGUUCCUGAAUUCUAUAAAAGAGAGAUCUUUUGAUCUUUGAAACAGCCAAAAGGGCAGUUUGAUCUUCCUCAAACUCAUUUAUUUUAGAUUCUUGCAAAUUUCUUUUCUUUAGGUUUACUUCCUUAGAAAACUCAAUAUUCAAUUGAACAGUGACUUUUAUAUAUUGAAAUGCAAUAUUGAAUAGCUGAAGCCUAAUAAAUGCCAUCCUGGCUAUACAGGAUAUUUUAAAAGUCAUAAAAGGGCCGAUUGAGCCUGAUCCAGGCAAAGAUGACAAAGCGAAUUCAAUGCUUCUUUUGAAAAUGAGUCAUGGUCAGAAAUACUCACUUUGACCAAAAGCAUUUCUUUGAAUGCCAGAGGUAAAUUUGCUCACUUUCAUUUUCUGCCUGGAUUUCAAGUCAGCCCUGCAGAACUGAACAAAAUCAACUCCGAGAGGCCCUGGCAGCUGUUCCAGAUGUAAACGUGAACAGGAUCGUGAGGUUGGGCCUAUUCCCUUCAAUGUCUUAUUUUCAAAUUAUGCAGAUGAUAUUCAGAUAUGGAUGGAUCACGCUUUGUAUAUUUUUUUCAGAGAGGAGUAAAUCAUUGCUAUUUUCUGCUGCUUUAACAUUCCCCAGGACCACCCUUCCUUUUACGUAGAAAAAGGAUGUUUUAUUAUCACAAGCCUCCAAAUUACUGGCAAAGGGAGAAUCUGACAUAUGUUCCCAGUCGUGGGGGACUCGGGGGAGGACAGACACAACAUACUCAAUCGAUUAGCCAAAAGGAACAGCCUUUGAUGUCAGGGAACCUUUCCAAAUUUCAUUUAAGACUCAAACAAUCUGUGGGAAAUCAAAGUUCUCAAUCAGAACCUCUGCCCCACUCCUCUGGGUGCAGCAGUGGCUGGAGUAACUUUUGUUUUAACUGUUUGUAGAUGAUGACCCAGUCUGAGGUUGUGUUUGCCCCACGGCCCUUUCAACACUAGGCUCUUUCAGAAGACAGAUAGCUUCGUUCUCCAUUUUCUUCUUGUCACAUGCCCCUUUUGCCUCUUGCAUGUGUGUUUCAGGAAAACCCAGAUUAGGACUGCUGAAGAGCCAUUGUCUUGCAGGACUCCCUCCUAGGUGUGACCUUCAAAGAAAGUCUGAUUGUAUAAAGUAUUACAGGAAUGUCUAUGUUUUCUCCAUUCCCAGUAUCAGUAGAAAGGCAGAUCUGAAUAAUCGGGAAAGCAACUGGGACUAGGAGAAGCAGGAUGCCCCAUGGAGGAGGAAUGACAGCCAUUUGGAAGGAGGGGAAAGAGAAAAAGGAGGAACCACAGAUGCAUGGAAGGAUCUGUGUCUCACUCUCAGAAAUAGCAAAGUCAGGAGGAGGAGCUGAAUGUGGUGUCAGUUUAGAGAUCACGGUUUAGAUUUCGAAUAAAUUUGAUUUUACGUGGUUCUUUGGGUAUCAGAGCAGAAAUAUCAAAUCUCAGGCACUGCCUACGAGCCUGGAUUACUUCGCUAUUUGGAGGCAGAUGUUUCUCCUAUAAACAAGAACAUGAGAAGAUUCCAGAAAGAGAUUCCUGAACCUUUGCCUGCUCUGCACUGGUUAGAUCACUUCCAGGAUACCGCACCACCUUCAGUGUUGAUAUUACAAUUCUGUUCACCUAAGCACCGCCAGCUCCUCAUGCUGUCUUCUAAAUAUAGACCCUAACUAGCUGGAGUUUCCACAGGAGUGGUCAAGAUGAUAAAACGCCUGGACAGCAGUUAAUACCCUAGAGAUGUUUAGCCCAAUGAAGAAUGACUCAGAGAAGUUAAGACAACACUGAAGAUCUGUCAUGUGAGGAGGGAUUUGAUGGGCCCUUUUUGUUCUAGAAGCGAGGUUCUGUGGAAGCAAUAAGGGGUAGGGAGAUAAAUCUUCACAAUGACAGAAAUCCCAAACAAUGCCUGGCUAAAGUAGUGGGUUUCCUAUCAUCCUUCCUAUCCUUUGACACUCCGUCAAAAGCUGGAUGUCCUUCACUUGGAAAGAAAGUUGUUGAAGAAAGAAUUUUCACAUUCCUGGAUAAUAUUGGCACUGUAAGGCACCCUCAGUGUCACAUAGUCCAAGUGUCCAUGGGGUAUAAGAAAAUCCUGACAAUCCCCCUUAGUAUAUACUUUCAAGUAUACCAAUAAGUAUAUACUUUCCUUAUGGUGUCAGGAUUUUAAGAACAGAGCUCCUGGGUGGCUCAGUCAGUUAAGCGUCCAACUUCAGCUCAGGUCAUGAUCUCACAGUCUGUGAGUUUGAGCCCCGUGUUGGGCUCUGUGCUGACAGCUCAGAGCCUGGAGCCUGCUUCACAUUCUGUGUCUCCCUCUCUCUGUCCCUCCCCCACUUGGGCUCUGUCUUUCUCUCAAAAAUAAACAAACAUUAAAAAAAAUUUAAUUUAAAAAAAAGGGAUUUUAAGAACAUUCUUUGGGAGCCAGUUAUAAAAGCGGCUUCAGUAUCUCAGAGUCUUUUGAUUUGAGUUGUUUUCCAUCUUGAGACAAUCAAAAACAAUUCCUGCAAAAGAAAGUCUCUCUUGAUCCAACAAUCCCAUUCUGGGUAUAUAUCCAAAGGAAAUAAAGUCAGGAUCUUGAAGAGGUAUCUACUGUCCCAUGUUCACUUCAACAUUAUUCACAAUAGCCAAGAUAUGGAAACAACCUAGCUUCUGUUGACAGAUGAAUGGAUAAAGAAAAUGUGAUAUAGAUAAAAGAUAGAUAGAUAGAUAGAGAUAUAUAUACAACAAAAGAUUAUUCAACCAUAAAAAAAAAAGGAAAACCUGUCAUUUGUGAUAACAUGGAUGAACCUACAGGACAUUAUGCUAAGUGACACAGGCCAGACACAGAAUGACAAAUAUGACCUCACUUUUAUGUGCAAUAAAAUAGUUGAACUCAUAGAACUCAAGAAUCGAAUGGUGCAGGGGCUCAGGGGUGGGGGAAAUAGGAAAAUGUUGAUCAAAAGGUACAACUUUCAUUUAUAAGAUGAGUAGGUUCUGGCCAUUUAAUGUGUACUAUGGUGACUAGAGUAAAUGAUGCUGUAUUGAGGGGUACCUAAGUGGCUCAGUCAGUUAAACAUCUGACUCUUGAUUUCAGCUUAGGUCGUGAUCUCAUGAUUCAUGGGAUUGAGCCCCACGUUGGGCUCCACGCUGUCAGUGCAGAGUCUGCUUGAGAUUCUGUCUUUCUCCCUUUGCCUCUCCCCCACUCAUGCUCUCUCUCCCUCAAAAUAAAUAAAUAAACUAAAAAAAAAAAAGAUGCUGUACAGAAUACUUGAAAUUUGGUAACAGAGUACAUCUUAAGUAUUCUCACCACCAAAAAAAAAAAAAAAAAAAUGUAACUCUGAGGUGACAGACGUGUUGAUUAGCUUGAUUGUGGUAAUCAUUUCCCAAUGCAUACACCUAUCAAGCUAUCACAUUGUACACCUUAAAUAUAUACACUUUUAUUUGUCAAUGAUACCUCAGUAAAGCUGCAAAGAUAUACAAAAAAGUUUCUCUUGGGGAUGGGAACUAUCCACAGCUUAAAAAACAACGGUGGAUAAUUAAUGUCCACAACAGAACUUGAAUUAGAGGCUACCAAGCAGCUCAAAGACAAAAUUCGGCACUGAGCUAACUGAAUAUACAUAGACAUGCCCACACCUGUUUCUAGGGCUGUUAGUUCUCCAGUAGGCAUUUGGGGAAAGGAACUGUGUUUGUUUGUUGUUGUUGUUGUUGUUGUUGUUUUCCUUAGAAGCAAAUGGGGGCUUCCCUUCAUUUCCUUAGAGAAUUUUAAAACAAAUUAACAACAACAACAAAACAAUACCUAGAUAUCUAGUCACUCAGAAAUAGGUGUCUUACAAUCCAAGGCCUAGAACAUAAGGUAACAUGUUUCAAGAGAAACAUAAGAUAUAAAACAGGUAAUUUCAUUCAAGGCACGGUAAUAAAAAUCAAAGACAAAACGGCACCGCCGGCGUCUGAGAACAGGCACGUGCUCGGCAUCCAGGCUAACAUUGGUUUGAAUAACAGUAGUGUGACAAGAUUGCCUUUGUCACUCAGUUAGCGCCUCCUGUCUCCUUUUAUUCACUUUGCUGCUUUCCGGUUGUAAUUUUAUCAGGAGAUUGAAUCAAGCUGUAGACUUCUUAUGGAAUAACACCCACAGACACUCACCCAAGAGUAGUUUGGACAAAGUUUCCUGUGCCAGGAAUAAAAAUGUUGGAAUUGAAAGAGAAGUAGAACCAAACAGAAAUAUAGAAAUGGCAGAGAGGCUACCCACUUAAUUAGAGGGGGGGAAAAUGAUCAGGCAAGAUACUCGAUAUCGCAAGAAAAAUGGAGGAACGUGGCCUCAAAUAAGUAGGACCCGCCUUCCUAAUGGCAUUUUCCCCAUUCCGCUGCGAACCUCUGCAAGACGGACCAUCUGCCAUCUGCUCCAGUGAGAGUGUGUCACCCAACAGAAUGGGUUUAUUGGCCCAGCUGUUUGUUGUACUCAUUAAUUCGAGGACAAAAGAAAAGAAAAAACCUUCCAACGUAGAAGUCAACACUAAUCUCGGUGGCUGCCACCCUUAAAUAUCCAAAGAAC